AUAAAUAAAAGUGCAUUGAAAACAACAGCAAUUACGAAGAAGCAUAGAAAGAAUCAAAUCAAAUAAAACGUCAAAAUGACGCGCGAAGAGGAGGAAGAAGUGCGCUUGUUGCUGUCGCGUCACCAGGAGCGCAUCAUGCUCGAUCUGGGCAGCACCGAUCUAAUAGCGGUGCUGGUCAAGAACUCCGUGCUCAGCCAGUCCGAGGAGGAUCUGCUGCUGAAGACCGCUGUCGAGCCACCGGGCAGCGCACCAUCUAGCGUGGGCGCCUUAACAAAGCGCAAGCUCAGCGCUGUCGCCAGCAGCAGCAGCGGCAGUGGCAGCGGCGGCAGCGCCAGCGUCAGUGGCGUAGGCGGCGACUACAGCUCCAGCCUGGCCGGCUCCUCGCGCAGCGCCAGUGUCAAUGGCGAUCAUGCCCAAAGUGACAAUCGCUCGCUAACGCCAUCUGUGGGUGGCGGCGUCGGCAGCGCAGCUACCGAAUCUCUAAAUGAUGCUGAAAUUUUGCGCGUCCAAUGCGCCAAUCUCAUCGAGAUCAUUGCCAAGAGCGGCUUCGAGAAGUUCAAGCAGUUCUGCUAUGCCAUCGAGUGCGAGUGUCCGCAGCUGAUUGAGGAUUUAAUUAACGAUCGUCUCAAAAGCGAUGCUGCCAAUAUUGAGAACAGCCCGGGCGAGGAAAAAAUCCAAAAGGAAAUCGAAACGAUCGACUACAUAGACAAAGAGAAGGAGAACGAUCGCAGCCGUCGUGCGGUUAGCUAUGGCGGCGGCGGCGGCAACUCGCCGACCCACUGUGCCACCAUACCGCGUGCAGCACCGCGUCGUGUGGCGCUCAUGAAGGAGCCACCGCCGCCGCCGCCGCCCAAGCCCCAGCUAACGUCGAAGGCAUCGCUGCAGUCCACAGACUCCUCGCAUGCGUCCAGCAUCAUAGCCAGCAAGUAUCCGCAGUCUGAGUACAAUCUCAUCCAGAAGAUCGACUCGAACAGCACGCUGACUGCACCGGCUCAGUACCAGCCGCAGAAUUUCUAUGCCAACACCGGCACCAUAUCCUCCACCAACGGUGGCUAUUCGUCCCUGCUGUGCCAUGCCAGCUCCACGGCCAGUCCGUUGGCGGUGCGGAAGCGGGACAAGCUGCUCCAUCGCUUCAGCGAUGCGGCCACAUUGGGUCGCAAGCUCAAGAAGAAGAAGAACACGAAUCGCACCUGCCGCUCCAUGACCGAAGCCAUUGAGAUGCUCGCCGAUCCGGUCAUCGAGGAUGAGUUUUUUGUGAGUUAAACGUUCCAUUUAAAU